AUGUAAUAAAGAGUGCCAUAUUUCAAUGAGGAGAGACUCGAGGAUUCCUAUUUCUAGUUAGAAUUGAAGAGAACAACCGAUUAAUUUAUUGUAAUUUGAAUUAGUUGAUAGGAAGGAAUACAAGGGGAGAAGGAGGACAAAUGAUUACAAUUACAUAAUACGAAGAUUCACAAUACACGAAAUCAACAAUGAGAGAUUUUUGAUGCUGAGGAAAAUCAAGUUGUAUAACAUAUUGCCUGUGUUGGAUUUGUAUCUGCCAGAAAAUUCAUUGGUUGGUCCAGAUUAUUAGGAAUACUCACUGUAGAAUAAUUUAGAGCAUAUGAAUUCAGAUGAGAAAAUCUACGUGGCCUCGUUGGUGGCAAUAAGUACAAAUGAUAAUGAAUUUAUAAGCAUUGCAGGAGUUGUGUAAGAGAAGACUACCAUUCUUGAUAACACCAGAGAAGGUCAUCAUUAUUGGUUCGCAUGUUUGUCUUUAAUAAAUUGACUUUGAAUUCAAUAGAGUCAUCACUCCAGAUGAGUCUUUUAUUAGUUACAUAGAAUUAGGUAUCAAUUUUCAUUGAAGUCACUUUUAGUUUCCAGGAUGGGAUUAGAGUGUUAAGGCUCUGACUUUUAAGAAAUUAUCGACUAUUUAUUGGAAUUAUAGGAUGUAAACAUAGGUCUCACUGAAGAUCUGCCCUAUGUGGAAUUUUUAUAAAAAAUAUUUUCGUUUACAAAUGAUUCAAGUUUAGUGGAUGAAAAGGCCAAUUCAUUUGUUUAUGCGUUCGACACUCCAGAUUUCUUGAAGACUAUCCCUGGAAUCAGCAACAGGACUGUAAUGAAAUCUGCAAAAUUAGAUAUUGCAGAUAACAAGGAUUAUCUCAUAUUGUGCUCUUAGAGAGAAUUGGAGAUUAUGGAAAACUUUAGAAAAUAUGAACCUUUCGCUUAUUAUUUUGCUUAUUUUAGAAUCCAGGAUCAAUUGUACUUAUUCAUGGAAAUGUACCCAACUGAUUUAUAGAGGGCUUUUGAGAGUUCUGAAAUUUAUGACAGAAAUAUAAGAGAUCUCUGUUGUUAAUUGGCUUUUGGUAUCCAACCUUUACUUAUAUAUAGCUAUUCGUUAAUUACACAAACAUCGAAUCUUGCAUAGAGAUCUCAAACCUUCGAAUCUGUUCUUGAGUCAUGAGGAUCUAGAUAGAGCUCAAUUGAAAAUUGCAGACUUUGAUCACUCUACUACCUUAGACGAUACUCCUGAAUUCUGUAACUAAAUUCUCACUGGUCUGACAUCAUCUACUAAUUAUGAACCACCUGAGACUGGACUAUCCAAUUACACGUUUACUUCUGACAUUUGGUAGAUUGGAAUGAUAUGUAAUCAUUUAAUUUACAUAAUAAUGAUAGUUUAUUAAAUCGCUAAUCAAGGAGUCUAUCCAGUGGAACAUUCUUCACUCUUAUGGACUGAUGAAAUGUACAGAGAUGAAUGCACAUACGAGAGAAUUAAAUAGACUUUGGCUGAUAAGAACAUAGAUGAAAACUUUAUUAGAUUAAUUGCCGAUUGUCUGUCCUUUAAUCCUAAAGAUAGACCCAGUGCUGAAACUCUUAUUGUCCGUCUAGAAUAGUGUUUUGAAGACUUCGGAUUUGAAAAUGAGGACACCUUACAAAGCACUCAUUAACUAAACUUAAUAGAAUCUUUUGGUCAGUUAUUGUAGAGAUCCCAACCUUUAAGAUUAACAAAAAGUGGAAAAAUAUGAUCAAUUAUUAAUAUUAUUAAUUAGG